AUGAUCCUGAUCGUCGGCGUCGUGUUGCUGGCCAUCUUCUUCGUCACGAUGCUGAUGCUUCGCGGCUGUUUCUGCGACUGCUUCGGCCCGAUGUACUGGGGAUGCGGCAGAAAGGACGAGGAGGAGGAUCGCCCUCUUGAUCAAGAAGUCCUCCAGAAGAUGCUCAACGAGUGCAAGAAGAGCGAUGUCAGGAGGGAGCUGAUGGCCCACGAGCAAGAGUACGGUCCCGUCUCCACGAUCUCAGAUGGGAUGGCUCAGCCCUAUAACACUACCGUUAUCGUCCCUUCCGCGCCGGCAGAGUACAGAAGACCUGCCUCCCCUCCGCCAGCCUACAGCUCCGUCGCCGGAAGUGCCGAACGACUCAACUCCCAGAUGCCACAUACCCAGAUU